AUGAACAAGCAGGUAUGCCUCGGGGUAACACCAGUGGGUAUAUCAACACCCAGCGGUGUGGUGAAGGCGAUGAUGUUCACUGACAACGGAUCCGAUACCACGUUAAUCACCAAACGCUUCACCGUAAACCACAACAUCAAAACCCGACUAUCUUCCCUGACGAUCAGCACGGUGAACGAAACCAAGGCGACGUCCUCCGAUCAAGCAAACGUGACGUUGGUUUUGCUAGAUAAUGGUGAACGAGUAGAGGUGAUGGAAGCUUUCGAAAUCGCCGACUUGCCGAUGCGAGCAGUGGAAUCGAUCGGGGGAAUUAGCAACGCGCUGGCCACACCUGCGAGACUUGGACCGGACUGGACUACUUCAUUAAUUGACGUGCUCAACCGAUUCCGGCUAGGAAUAGUUGCAGUGGCAGCCGACAUACAAGAGACGUUCUUCCAAAUGCCAGAGGAUCAGCGCGACGCCCUGCGAUUGCUAUGGUGA